AAUAACUGUUCUUUUGAAGGAUCAACUUGUAUUGUAUGAAUAUUUGCUGACUUUCAAAGAAGUAAUUGAAAUCGCAAAAGUUCCAGUAUGGUAAAGAAUUAAAUAAUGCUUAAUGCUAACGUGCCGCAGAUCCUGUCGUGUUUUGAAAUUGUUAUGUCCCUGUGGAAUGGGAUCUUCAAACUCCAGUCUUAAGUUUUCAAAGUCCGAAGUAUUUCGUGAAGGAAGAGGAGAUCUUGCUUCUCAAGCGAGUAAGGUAAGUAAAUCUUUCGAACUGGUGAACUUAUAUGAAAUGAUUGUGAACAUUCCAACAGUUACUUCAGGAAUUUUGGCUACAACCUCAUUAAAAUUGUUCCCAGAUUGAAUAAAUGACAGCUUCACAGUGAAGACAGCUGAUGACAGUGAAGACAAUCGAACUGUUUUGUUUGAAAACAGAUAGCUCGUUUGAACUCCUAAGUAACUCGUAUUGAGGUGAUUCCCAUGUUUCGAAAAAUAGAGGUUGAACUCUAGAUUUAAUCAUAGCAAAGUGAUUCUCAAUGAUUCAUGAUAAGUAAGUAAGUUAGGUGUAGUGCUCAUUUUUAGAUUACAUAGAAGAAGUAGAUUAGAGGCUGAUAAUAUUCAAAAUUCAUGCCCACGCCAGAUCAUGCAACCCUAAACCUUUCACUGUGCAUGGUUGAAUUAUUUGUCUUUAAUCAUUGCAUCAGUAAUUAAAAUAAUGAAAAUUGGAUUUCAAAUUUCAGAGGAUGGUCACACCUGUUACCAUGUUCAUGGUGGGUGAUGUUAUGUUGGGGAGAGGGAUUGAUAUGAUCUUAGAACACUCCAACAACCCCAUACUCUAUGAGAGUAAUGGGCUGGAUGCAAGGGACUAUGUCAGUUUAGCUGAAAGACAGACAGGACCAUUACCUGAUAAGAGUGAGCGAUCUCUUGACUAUGUGUGGGGAGAUGCAAUACAAAUACUUAAGGAGAAGAAGCCAGACUUGAGGAUUAUCAACUUGGAAACUUCAGUGACUACAAGUGACACUCAGUGGCCUUUGAAAGGAAUCCAUUAUCGUAUGCACCCUGGGAAUGUAAAUGUUAUUCAGUCAGCAAAUAUUGACUGUUGUGUUCUGGCAAAUAAUCAUAUCGCAGACUGGGGAUUUCCUGGUCUUGUAGAAACUAUGAAUACCCUAGAUAACAGCGGCAUUAAAUUUGCUGGAGCUGGGCAAAAUUCUUUGGAAGCAAAAGCUCCAGCUGUUUUUCAUAUCAGUAAUAAGGGUGUAAGAGUGUUGGUCUUCGCUGCUGGGCACUCCUCAAGUGGAAUCCCUGACUCGUGGCAGGCAAGGAAAGACAAGGAAGGAGUUAACAUCGUUGACUUCUAUCAAGCUAGCAAGUCAGUAAAUGAGCUAAAAAAUCUAAUUGAAAACCACAAACAGGAUGGUGACAUUAUUGUGUUGUCAAUUCAUUGGGGAGGAAACUGGGGUUGGAAUGUUGAGUCUUCCUUUGUAAAGUUUGCACACAAAGCAAUUGAUGAGGCGGGUGUGCACAUCAUUCAGGGCCAUUCAUCGCAUCAUGUCAAAGGCAUUGAGGUUCACAAUGGAAGACUUAUUAUUUAUGGUUGUGGUGACUUUUUGAAUGACUAUGAGGGAAUCACAGGUCAUGAAGGAUAUCGCGGUGAUCUUGCUUUGAUGUACUUUGCUGAUGUAAGUCCAGACACAGGCAUGUUGGCUGGUCUCAGAAUGGUACCAACUCAGAUAAAACAUUUGCGAGUUAACAAGGCCAAAGAAGAGGGUGUGAAGUGGCUUGUGAAAACAAUGUCAAGGGAAUGCAAGAAAUUUGGCUGUGAUGUGAGAAGAGUUGAUGAUGAGAUUCAUUUGGUGUUCUGA